CUUAUUCUCUUUCCGAUCGGACAAGCCACGACACAUGUCUUAAUGCUAACAAAGAAACUCUCUCGUCUCUCAAAGUUCUCACCUUUUGAGAACGGAGAUCUUCUUCAUCCUCUCUUUACAGUUUACAUCACUCUCUCACUAACCAUCUUCAAGCUCUCACCUUUUUGUUCCGUCUCUGGAGAAAACCGAACAUAACAUGAGAAAGACAUCUGUUUCAUCUUAUUCUAGCAGCUUCGGUGGUGGGUUUCUAAGUCCCGGAGCUCCUCCGAGCUAUACCGAUAACAACAAAGGAUGGAGCUCCGAGAGAGUUCCACCUCCUUCCUCUUCUUCCAUUUCCACAAUCAAAGCCCCUCGUCGCCGCAUCGGCUCCGCCUCCGCUUUAACGACGCCGUUUUACAGCGGCAGAGCGAUACCGUCGAAAUGGGAAGACGCCGAGCGGUGGAUUUGUAGCCCCGCGGUGACAACAAACCCUCAGAGACGGCAGAAGUCCAAAAGCGGUCCCAUUGCUCCUCCUCCUCCUCCUCCCGCGCUGCCGCAUCCGAGGAUGGUGAUGAUGCGGGCGGUGGAAGCUCCUCCUCAGGGGAAUUUUAAGAAGGGUUUGAUGGUGGUUGGCUCGCCGUUCUCCACUGGUGUUUUGGAGGCGGAGAGGGUGUUCAGAGGGAGUGUCGGUGGUGGGCAUGGACAUAGCCAGAGCUGUGCUGAUUUGAUGAGUGAAGAGACUUCAUCACUCAGCUCCAAAACUGAUACUGUUUAUGCAGAGGAGAAAGAAGAGGUGGUUACAAGAAGAGAUAUAGCUACUCAGAUGACUCCUAAUAAUAAUCAUCAUUCUCCUCAAGAGCUAUCUGUUUCUGUGAUUGAGCCUCCUCCUUGUAGAGGUGGUGGGGAAGUGAGAGAAGUGAAGAUGGAUAAAGGAGCAAGGUUGAUCAAGCAUCCCAAGAGAAGAGUCAUGUCUUCUUCUUCUAGGAUUAUCAGGAGAGAUCCUCAACCUGAGGCCGAAGCCAACUCUGCUUCAUGGGAUAUCUCAGAACCAGCCAUGACUCUUUUUAAGUUGCAUAGAGAGGAAGCGAAGAUAGCAGCUUGGGAGAAUCUCCAGAAGGCUAAAGCAGAAGCCGCCAUGAGAAAGCUAGAGGUGAAGCUGGAGAAGAAGAAGUCAGCAUCAAUGGAUAAGAUCUUGAGCAAGCUUCAAACAGCUAAGGUGAAAGCACAAGAGAUGAGGAGAGGUACUGCAGUAUCUAGUGGUGACCAUGAACAAAUAUCAAGAAACUCGGCGAAGAUCACUACUCAUCUUGUAAGAAGACAUACUUUCAUGUCACCUUUCAUGACUUGCUUUGCUCCUCGUGUUGAUUGCAGAAAAUCUUCCUCUGCCCUCUAAAUUUGUUUCUUUCUAAAAACACAAAUUUGAACAAAAAGAAACAACAAAAUGUACACUGCAAAUGUUCUUGUAAAGGUUUUAUCUGUUUUAAA